CUCGCCAAAUUAGAAAUGGCUGAAGCUCCCCCUCGGCCUUGCCGGUUUUUUUGUCACCGAUGUUCAGCAGAAAUUAGUCCGCGUUUACCGGACUACACCUGUCCACGCUGUGAAUCUGGCUUCAUCGAGGAACUUCCUGAGGAGAGAAGCACCGAAAAUGGGUCCACGUCCACACCCUCCACCAGUGAUCAGAACCAACCAAGCUUUGAAAACAUGGACCAUCAGCACUUGUUCACAUUUCCUCCAGGGUACGGCCAGUUUGCUUUGGGGAUCUUCGGUGAGAACUUUGACCUCCAAACGGGGCUCCCUAUGGAAGACAACCGAGACACAGAGAACAGGAGAGAACGUGAGAUGGCAUCACGGCAAAGAUAUAGUGCCCGGCAACCACGGGGUCGACAUGUCCCUCGGCGACAGGGCACCCGCCAUGAAGGAGUGCCCACAUUAGAAGGGAUUAUCCAACAGCUUGUAAAUGGAAUAAUAGCACCAACAGCCAUGCCAAAUAUCGGGAUGGGACCAUGGGGUAUUUUGCAUUCUAACCCAAUGGACUAUGCCUGGGGUGCCAAUGGACUUGAUGCUAUAAUUACUCAGUUAUUGAACCAGUUUGAAAACACUGGGCCUCCUCCUGCAGACAGAGAAAGGAUUAAGAGUUUACCCACCAUUGCCAUUACAGAAGAACAUGUGGGUGCAGGUUUAGAAUGUCCAGUGUGUAAAGAAGACUACAGUGUCGGAGAGAACGUUAGACAGCUUCCAUGCAAUCAUUUGUUUCACAAUGAUUGUAUAAUACCGUGGCUGGAACAGCACGACACGUGUCCUGUGUGCAGAAAGAGUCUCAGUGGGCAGAAUACGGCCACAGAUCCACCGGGGCUGUCAGGAAUGAACUUCUCUCCCUCCUCCUCCUCCUCGUCUUCCCCCAGCUCACCUAGCAAUGAGAACUCUACCAGCAACUCCUAGACCCUUUUUGCCACCAUCACCUUUUAUCAGAAAACCUCACACUCAACGGCCAGAUCUGACCCAACACUCCGAGUCACAGACAGUUGCCUGUUUUAUCUCUAGGGGAAGAUUUCAGUCAGGAGGUGAACUAUCAAAUCAAACGAGAACUAUUUUUUACUUUAAUCUUUUCUCCUCUUUGGGACUGUUGAAGCAGUGGAUACUGGGUACCGCUAUUGUUGCUGCUGCUGUUGAGGAUUAUGUGAGGAGGUGGGAUGGGACGGUUUUUAAGGAGGAUCCAAAAAAAAAAAAGGCUGUGAAUUAUAACGAUGAUGGUGAUGAUACUGGGAUCUUUAUCAGAGCCGGAGCAGAGUUUGAGCUAGAGUGGAAUGCUUUUUAAUGGGGACAUGUCUUUUUACCACAUGGCAGGGACACAUAUUUUAUAUUCAAAAAAACUCGCCCGAGGUGGCACAGACAUCGUGCUGAAUAUGAGAUUUUUGUGUAAAUAUAUAAUGCAUUUUUUUAAACUGCAAAUGAUCUGCCACUGUACAGGGAAGGGAUCCAACAAAAACCUUGUGAAGCGAAAACUGAGUGUAUGCAUCUUAUUCUUAUUUAUUUGCACUUUUUUUAAUUUUUGCACAACAUUCUUGUGGAUAAAGGGUGUUAAUUUGGGCAAACUACUGAGCGAAAAAAAGAUUUUAAAUCUUUGCUUUGAAUCAGUCAUUUAUGCCUUUAUUAUUGUUUUUCAUAUUAGAGUUUCCGUUUGUUUAAAUAUGAUCCACAGGUUUUGGUAAACCCUGAAUUAAGUGAAGAUUUCCGCAGCUCUUCGGUCGAUUCAUUUCAACUCUGCUUCAUCCUUCACACUUCCAUAGAAUACUGGGACCAUUUUCUGGUCAUACAUUUAGCAACGUCUUAAAGACCUCCAACGGUCGUCCCACUGAAAUGGUAAAUGAGUUGAAUAAAAACUGGCUUAUUCCAUGCUUUGGGAUCCGACCAAAUGUGUUAUGAAAGAAAAUUUGUUUUAAAACAUUUAAGUUGCUUUUUUCGUACAAUCACAAUAAAAUGCUUGA